UAAGGUUAGUCAGGUUAGUUUGUUUGGUUUGUCCGUCCAGAAUUUGGUUUGUAACCUGUACUCUCCUCAAAUCAGUGAAAUUUGUUCUCCCCUGUCCGUGGAUUAGCUAGCACACAUUGUGUUAGUGAGCCAUGUUAAAUUCGUGUUCGUUUGUGUUCAUCUGAAUUAUCGAUUGCACGCUUCUGUUCUGACAAGUGGUAUCAGAGCCUGAUUGCGGUUUUUGGAAUUUGGCGCUGGACUGAAGUUUUGAUUUGUGGAGUUUGGUUGGAGUUUGUUUAAUAGUAAGGAUGGCUACUAUUAGUAUGAAGAUUGAUAAGUUCACCGGGGGAAAAAGUUUUAGUUUGUGGCAGAUCAAGAUGCAAGCACUGUUGAAACAACAGGGUUUGUGGGCUCCGUUGUCUGGAAAAUCGAAGAAGGAAAGCAUAGAUGAAGAAGAGUGGAAUACUUUGGAGGAGAAAGCUCACUCUACAAUCUUGCUUUGUUUGGCUAAUGAUAUCAUCACUGAGGUUGCUGCUGAGAAGACUGCCGCGGCUUUGUGGUUGAAGCUUGAAAGUCUAUACAUGACAAAGUCUUUAACCAACAAGUUGCAUAUGAAGCAACGUUUGUUCAGUUUGCGUAUGGAGGAAGGUACGUCUCUCAGGAAUCAUCUAGAUCAACUCAAUACUAUCUUGUUAGAUCUGCAGAAUAUUGAUGUUAAAAUAGAUGAUGAGGAUGCUGCCUUAAUUCUGUUAGUAUCUUUGCCACGGUCGUAUGAGAAUUUUGUGGAUUCUUUUAUUGUUGGGAAAGAUAGUUUGUCUUUGGAAGAUGUCAGAUCUGCUCUACAUACUAGAGAGGUUCGACAUAAGGCGUCUGGUUCAGGUUCGAAAAAUCAGACAUCUGGGUUGGCUGCUACGAGUAGUAGGAGACAACAAUCUGGUAAUAGGAAGACGAAUACAAAUACGAAUUAUGCUGGUUUGAAAGAUGAUAUCUGUCAUUACUGUAAAGAGAAAGGACAUUGGAAAUUUGAUUGUCCUAAACUAAAGAAAUAUCAGGAGAAGAAGGAAUCAUCUGCUGCUGUGGCGGAAGAAACUAACUCUGAUUCUGAAGAUGGUUUGGCCUUAGCAGUGAAUGAACAAGUACAUCAUUAGGAUGUGUGGUAUUUAGAUACUGCAACUGAUUAUCAUAUGUGUCCAAGCAGGGAGUGUUUUUCAACUUAUGAGUAGAUAGAUGGAGGACAUGUUUCUAUGGCCAAUGGUGCUAUCUGUAAGAUUGUUGGAAGAGGCUCCGUCAGGAUGAGGACACAUGAUGGUUCUUGUAACAUCCCGUAUCUAGGUUAAAUCUCACAUCGAACCGGUUCUACGUUGGAACAAAGAACACCAACAAUAGUUGAAAUGAAUUCUACCGGUUUGGAAGAACUAUGAGUACUCGUCAAUUAAAGACGUGAUAAAUCGAGAGAAUAAAUAUGGCAUGAAUGAAUUAUGAUAAGGGCGAAAAUACGAACUAGUGAUCUCAGACGUUGACAGAUUCUGAUGUGAUAAAAAAAAUGUAUUCACCACCAAGAUUUGAACCAGCAACUUGAAGGUACAACCAUGACUACUUAACCAGUUGGACUACGUGUUGCUUAUGUAUAAGUAAGCCAAUAUUAGUUUAUUUAACUAUUACCUGGCGAGAACAUUUUCUGAAGAAACAAAUGCAACUCUCCAUAAGCGACCAGCUUCUGUCCAAGAUGAUUGAAUCCAUCCUAUUACAAUAACUCACCACCACAUGUAUUAUAAUUUAUGUAAGGACACAAGGAGGAGAGAUAGCCACGUUCUCUCUUCUUUUAGUUUGACUUUUUUAAAGGAAAGACAACAUUGACCAACCAUUUUCAUGAGCUGUGAAAUUUGAGAUUGGAUUUGGAGUUAAUAUUCAACAACAACUUUGUCGACGAAGUAAUGGAUGACUGGGUUGUUGUGUAUAUAUAUAUAGAACCAAAACUCGUAUGACGACCAUAAGUCCCAACUAAAGGAAGGAAGGAAAUAGAGAGAUAAGGAGAGUUUCUGGGUGUUCUGGGUUUAGGAGGUCGCCAUAGGGAUCUGGGGAGGUUCCCCACGAAGCUAGAAGCAUCAUUGAAGCCUUGUCGGAGCCUCGCCGGAGUUUCGUCGGGAUCCCGUGACGUCAACGACGUCAACUCCGACCUCAACCAUUCUGUGAGUGGUUGGUACCGUUAUGAAGAGGACGAUGCCAGGAGCACGCACGUUUCGACGGAAUCAAUUUUCAACGUCGGACGAGGAGAAACGAGCCUCGCAAGUUGGCCACGUAGAACUGUCAGUUUCUCAAAAUCAUGUAUUGUUUCUGUAAAUUCGAAAAGGUUGAGGAUCUGGACAGACUUUUUCCAUAUGAAGGGUCAACGACCCGUUUGACUGGAAAAUGUUAUUUACAGUACUUGGAAUUUCGGGAACUGACAGAAUUCGUAUUUUGGCUGUAAUUCGUUCGUUUGACGUCCAAAUGACGAACUGUUUUCGCCUACAGGAUCGUAGAGACGAGGAGAAUUUUAUCAAGGAGUAUUGGAAUUUUUACAGAAUCUGUGCAGAGUUGAUUUACGGCAUAAAUAAGGUGUGUGGACCCUGCGGUGAAUAGGCGGUGUUUUACUACGUGUUAUGUGUUUAAUAUUGAAACAUAGCUGAGGAUUUAACGAAGAUAAAAUGAAGAAUGUCGUUAUUAUGAGUUUGAUACUCGAGUAGAAUUGGAUGAUUCAUAAUCGAGUAUUUGGAAUUUACGAUUUUGUAAUUGAUCCCUACGAGUCGUGAAAUUCCUCGAGACUACGUUGUUACUAUUUCAAUAAUUCAUGACGUGAUUUCAUGCCAUGAGUUAUGUGAAAUUCCGCUACGAUAUAAUAAUGCUCCUAAUAAGACUACUUGGGAUAAUCAUUAAACCACGAACGAAUUCGUAAUAAUUUGAAUAAUGGACA